AUGGAAAAUCCGCAUUUCAUUCAUGGUGAUUUCCCAUGGAUUAUAGCUUUGUUAUGGGAUAAAGGUGAAGAUGAGCCUUUAUAUUUCUGUGGUGGAGUCUUAGUAUCAAACAAAAAAAUUAUUACGGCAGCAAGUUGUUUCUAUAACAAUGAAAGUUCCCAUCGAUUUUUCCUUCGCGAUAUUUUGAUUGUAUUUGGAUGGCAUGAUUUGAGGAAGAAAUUUGAGAUCGGAAGAUUUAUCACAUCACCGACAAAAAUCCAUAUUCAUCCAGAAUGGAAUACAUACGUAGGAAAUAAUGAUGCUGAUAUAGCAAUUUUGGAGAUAGAAGAGAAUAUUCAAUUUACUAAGUUUAUCCAGCCAAUAUGCAUGUGGGAAGCGAGUAUUAAUCCAACUAUCGCGUCAGGAUGGAUCAUCGAAUAUAAUGAAAAAAGAAAUAUUCCACAAAUCCAUAAGAUAUCUAUUCAAGAAAAUGAGCACUGCUUGAAUGGAAAUUUUGAUAUUUCUAAAGCUUCUAAAAAUCGUGUUGCCUGCGGAAAAGUAAUUGAAUUAUGUGAAGACUGCCUACUGAACAGAGGUAAUGGUAUAUUUAUGAAAAUUGGAAAUUCUUUUUAUCUUCGAGGCAUCUCAUCGCCAUGGCAAGAUGAACACGCAAAUAAAAGUACAAAUAUAACCUUUACAGAUAUUUUCCAAUUUAAGGAAUGGAUAACAAACUUUGACACAGUAAAUGAAAUAGACACAAAUGAAUUCGAGUGUGGUGUUAUGAGUAAAUCAGCAGGUUUAGUACAAGGAAAUCAGUUUACAUUGCGUGAUCAAUUUCCAUGGGUUGUGUCGAUUGUUUUUGACGGGGGAUUUCAUAAUAAUGGAGCACUAGUUUCAGACCAACAUGUAAUAACUUAUGUCGAAACUGUCGCCUCGUGGAAUAAAAUUUUAAACAGAUACCUCCCAGAUGACUUGACUGCAUUCAGAAUAUAUUUAGGGGCGAUAAAAUAUAAUGAUGCAACGAAACAUGGGUCGAUGAUGACAAGUCCAUUGGAGAUUAUUUUACACCCAUAUAUUCGGAGAAUUGAUGACACUCCUAUUAACUCAAUAGCUUUAGUCAAAAUGAAAAAAGCAGUCCAAUUUAAUAAGUUUAUAAAACCAAUUUGCAUAUGGGAUUUAGACAAUGAAUUGCAUUCAAUUGAGAAAAGUCAAUUGUAUGGUGUUGGCUAUGGAAGAGAUGAGAGUGGAAAUUUUUCUGGAAUUCGAAAGCAUGCAAAAGUUUCGGUAAUGGAUGAAGAAUAUUGCAAAUAUAUCUAUUCGGAUGCAUUGAAAAUAUUCAAUGAAACGAAAUUGCUUUGUGUUCAAGGGAAUGGAAAGGAAACGCCUUGCUUUCGUGAUACUCCACUUUUUGUUAAAUUUAAUGAAAAAUGGUACUUGCGAGGAAUUUUAUUACGUUUACGUUAUUGGACAUCCAAUGGAACGUGCAUUGCUGAUAAGCCACUUUUAUAUGAGGACAUUUCUCAAAACUCACAAUGGAUAUUGUCACAAAUUAAAUAUUAA